GUGUGUUGUACAUACAUAUGUACACAAGGAUGUACAUAUAAAUGUAUUACAUUUCUGCUAAAACCGGAGGCUAUCUAAAUGUAUUUUCUUAUUCAUCAGCCUCUGUUAAAUAUGUAGCUGUAUGUAACCUUAGCGAUAAAUGGUGUGUUUAAGUGUUUAAAACAGAAUAAAAGGAAACCAUAUGAUUAAAACACGUUCAGUUCUUAACGAAAGUGUUACAGUGAGUGCAGAAGUCUACUUACGAUCCGUAUAAGGCAACAUUGCCCAACCAAAGGUAAAUCCUUCUAAAACGGAUGAAAUGGGUAAUUGCUUGAAAAUAAGCAGAUCAGAUGACAUUUCACUUUUACGAGGCAAUGACAGUAUUAACGGGCAAAACAGCGGAACACAGCCAUUAUACCAUCAGGACGAACAGUAUCAACCAGUAUUUUACCCCACCACCUCAGCUUCCUCAAAUCGAACACCUUCAAUCAACCGACAACUUUCCGAUGAAAAUCAAGUGAAGAUUGCUAAGCGUAUUGGAUUAAUGCAGCAUUUGCCUAUUGGAACGUAUGACGGGAGCUCGAAAAAAGUACGAGAAUGUGUAAUUUGCAUGGCAGAAUUCUGUGUUGAUGAAUCUGUGCGCUAUCUUCCUUGCAUGCAUAUUUAUCAUGUUAAAUGUAUAGACGAUUGGUUGUUGAGGAGUCUUACGUGUCCCAGUUGCUUAGAGCCGGUUGAUGCUGCCUUACUGACGAGUUAUGAGUCGACAUAGCGUUUGUAAAACAAUAGUAUAUUUAUAAUGUUCGCUUUAAAUUAUUUCGGGAAAAUAAAACUAUUUGACCCAGGCAAGAGUUAUUAUUUAAUACAUUCGAAUUGGAUUCAGUGUUUUUUUUUAUUAAAUGUUGUUGUUUUUAUUCAAAAUCUAUUAUAUUACUUAAUUCUUUGUAGAGUAAGCCCAAGAAAAAUUAUACUUGCAACACUGGAGAACUCAAAAAUGUAAAAACUAUUCGGGUGAAAUUUGUAUUGAUGUACGUAAGCAUUCCACCCGAAUUUCGCCCGAAGAGAUUCACCUUCGAAUAUAAAUUCGUGUACAUAUAUUUAUAUUUUCUAACCUUUAAUAAGUUCGGUGUUAGUAUAAGUGAGUGUAUAAACGAUUUGAUAAUAAAAGUAGACUUUUCUUUAA